AUGCCGGAUUUUGCUAAGUAUUUGAAAGACUUGAUCACAAAGAAGAAAACCACCAAGAAUGGAGUGAAAGAAGACCCUGGAGCUUUCAUCAUUCCAUGCACUAUUGGGGCGCAUGAUUUUGCAAGAGCUCUUUGUGAUAAUGGGGAUAGCAUCAACUUAAUGCCUCUUGCUAUUUACAAGCAAGCGGGGUUAGUUAUGCUGAGGCCUACAAGUAUAAGGCUGCAAAUGGUUGAUCGUUCCAUAAAGAGACUGGUGGGAAUUGUCGAUGAUGUGCUUGUAAAAGUGGGAGAGUUCCAUUUGCAUGCCGAUUUUGUAAUCCUUGAUUGUGCAGUUGACAAAGAGAUCCUUAUCAUCUUAGGGAGGCCAUUUCUUGCUAGAGGAAGAGAACUUAUGGAUUCAGAACAGAAUGAGAUCAAGUUCUGUGUGAAUGAUGAAGAGGUCACAUUCCAAGAAAGCAAGGGUAUGAAGCUGCCACAUGAAUAUGAAAGCAUCUCGGUGAUUGAUGUUGUUGAUGAGGUGGAAGAUGCAGUUGAAAUAAAGAUGGAAGAAUAA